AUGGAAGCGAUUUUGCGGCGCCAACUGAAGGAAUGGCAGCGAGAAUUUCGAAAAUAUCAUGGCCGUGAGCCAACCAAGUCUGAUAUGCAGCGUGAUCCAGACAUGGUCUCGACAUACGACACAUGGCGCGCGCUGUCCGAGUCGACAAAGGCAUCUAGUAAGCCGCAAAAAGUCCCAAGAGAAAAAGAUAAUCAUGCUCCUACCACACCUAGAAAGAAACAGAAAUUUCAUGCUCCUCCUGUCAGUCCCGGAAACCCAUUUCGCUCACCCCAAAAGCCUACGAAGCACUACACGAAGCAGGGUGCCUUUCCAUCAUGCAAUAUGGAACAAGAUACCACGUACGAAUCGGAUGUGAGUGAGGAAGAUGAGCCUAUGCAGCCCUAUGUGGCGCUUACUCCCAAGAAACCUAGUCCAGCGGUGUCUGGUACGUCACCCAUGCCACUGUAUACGCCUCGUACCAAAGCUCGGAAGCGGCUUCGUGGAGAAGAUGUCCGGACGCCACCGCAAGCCAAAAUGCAGCGUAUCCCUUCUCAAUCUCGAACACUGCCUCUUCUUGCCCAGAGCCCGUCAUCGAUGAAAACUGACGAACGCCGCUCGUUCUCUCGUAUCCUGUCAGGUCACCACGACCACCAGGAUGAUGUCAUUGGACCGUCUCCGAGCAAAAAUGCCGCCCAUCGCGAAUUCCUGCCCUUGUUUUCUCAACCAGACACGCAUGCGCAGGAACACGACCACGACAUGCUGAGCGACCCGGCCUCCCCUGCUAUCUCGGCAAGCGGUACACAUGACCCCAUCUCGCCUAAACCACUUUCCCAACUCACAGAGACAGCUGUCCAUAUCAAUGAUGACACAAGCAAGUGCAUUAAGAUUCUCCCGUAUCGUCGCUUCGGGUCCACCAAAUCGCAAGCAUCUCUUCACCCCGACGAGCUUGACUUGAAUCUACCUCGUGUGCCAAGCCACGAAGAGGAAGAGAUGGGCCAUGAUGAGACUGUAUGGGGCGAUCAUCUCACUGAUCUCGAGACUCACUCCUUACUGAAAUCUAUGAUGCACGGUAAACGUGCCGUCUCUGAGCAGCGUGCUCGCAGUGAUCAACUGGUGCAACAUUUGUUCUCAGAUGAUACCUCUAAACCAAACUCCGCUAUUAUCCAACGCCAAGGUCGAGCUGGACUUGAUGCUGAAGAGGAUAUGGCGCCUCCAAGUGAAAAUGGAAGUACGCAUGAUGAUGAUUGGGCGAGCGAGUCUAGUAGUAUUGAUUAUGGCCUUGGCGACGGCGAUAUGGAUAGCUAUGAUGUAGAAUAA